AUUUUUGGAAAAAUUGUUAAGCCACGAAGAAAACAGGAAAUUCAAUCACCAUGCAUCGACUAGGGUUUCUUGCAAUGUUUGCAGCUUUAGCAGUGGUGGCGCAAGGUUCUUACGACGUCUGCAAGAGAUGCAACAGGAGUUCUCAGAUGUUAGAAUCACAGAAUUUUUACUAUCCUGAACAACGUCUUUCUCUGCUACAGGAUGCCUUGUAUCUACCUGAAGAAGAUCACAUCGAGAUGUCUGACAACAAUCAACAACAGUCUCUUAAUCGAGCUAAUAGAAAUUUAUUACAUGAAUAUCGUAGUUUAUGCGAAACUGUAACAAAAGAAGUACGGCUAGAUGAUUCUGAAUACGAAUAUCAACCACCCUAUUACCAUGAAGUUUAUUGUAAAAGUUAUUCGUUGCUAAAUAACUUGCAUCACGUCAUGAAUCCACCGAAACAGACAUGCGUGCAUUCUGCUUUUCAUUGCGUGCAAAGAAGGAAAACAUUACUAUUAAUAAGGCGACGAUGGGAUAGUGAAUGUUGGGAACCUUUCACUAAGCAGAUUACCAGUGGUUGUGAUUGUAUGUGGCCAGUUUCUGCUCUUGGAGAUAUAACUAAUCAUUAUUAGUCACCUCUUUGAGAUCGCAAAUGAAACAAGGAGAUUGAUGA